AUGUCUUACGAAAGUGAAGAUUAUAAUUUUCAAAAUGAUAGGAAUAAUUAUGAAAUUGAUGGUUUUAAUUAUCUACUAACUUCAUUAAAUAGUAUAAAUGAAGAAAAUGUUUAAAAAUAAGAUGAAUAAAAUAUAAAAAUAGAAAUUUAUAAAAUACCAUAAAUUUCUGAAUAAUAAGUCUAAAACAAUGAUAUAGAUUGGAAUUUAUAGGAUGAAUAUAUAAUAUCUGAUUAAAAUUAAUCUCCUAGAAAUUCUGUAAACAAGAAUAGUGAUAAUGAUUAUUCUAGUUAGGAUGAUUAUUAUUCUAUAUAGGAAGAUAAAAAAUAAAAAAUAGAGAAGCCUUAAAUAACUACAGAGAAAAUAAGAAUCACUAAAUAAAAGAAGAGUUCUAAUAAUAUCAUAAUAGUUGAAUAAAAAAAAAAGAAAUAACAAAAUUAAUAAGUAGAAACAAAAAACUUACCUAAUUAUUUUGGUAGACACAUUUUAAAAAGAAUAUAAAGUAAAUUACAAGAUGAAUAAAAUUCAAUUACAAAAUCUGAAUUGAAAAAUAAGCUUGAUAAAUAUAAUAGAAAAAAAUUUUAAUUUACACUUAAUUCAUUAAGAAACCUUUUAGAUGAGUCAUAUUGCAGAGAAGAAGCAAUCAAAUAUUUAACAAGUUUUGAUUUUUUGGAUGACUUACUGUAAUCAGAUAAACAACAAGACAUAAAACCAUAAAUAAAAUAUGUCAAAAGAAUGUAUGAAGGAUGUCUUGACAGAGAAAAAUUAUUAUAAUGGAAAGAUUCUUGA